GUGUGACGCAGAUGUCAGUCUCCCAGGCAGCAGCUGAGACCGUUCGGCGAAGAUGGCGGACUCGCUGUCGACAGGUCUGGGAGAGGAGAAGGAGAAGGAGGACAGGGAGAGGGACAGGAAGGCUGCCAAAACAGAGAAUAACAAGGACAAGGACGGAGUCACGGAGACGUUGGGGUUUAACGACAAAAACGGCAACAGUAAGGGAAGGAAACGCAACCUGUCAGACCUGUCUCUGGUCAGGUUUAUAACUACUGAGCUCACCAGAGGCUAUUUCCUGGAACACAACGAGGCCAAAUACACAGAACGCAGAGAGAGGGUCUACACCUGCCUCCGCAUCCCCAAGGAGCUGGAGAAGUUGAUGACGUUCGGCUUCUUCCUCUGUCUGGAUGCCUUCCUCUAUGUGUUCACCCUGCUGCCCCUCAGGGUGCUGCUGGCCCUAUUACGGCUCCUUACGUUGCCAUGCUGCGGUCUCGGUGGCUCCCGCCUACUGCAGCCAGCGCAGGUGUGUGAUGUGCUGAAAGGCUUCAUCAUGGUGCUGUGUUACUCUAUGAUGAGCUACGUGGAUUACUCCAUGAUGUACCACCUCAUCAGGGGACAGUCUGUCAUCAAACUCUACAUCAUUUACAACAUGUUAGAGGUGGCGGACCGCCUGUUCUCAUCAUUUGGCCAGGACAUCCUGGACGCUCUGUACUGGACAGCCACAGAACCCAAAGAGAAGAAGAGAGCGCACAUAGGCGUGAUUCCUCACUUCCUCAUGGCUGUGCUCUACGUCUUUCUUCAUGCCAUCCUCAUCAUGGUUCAAGCCACAACUCUUAACGUAGCCUUCAACUCCCACAACAAGUCCCUCCUCACCAUCAUGAUGUCAAACAACUUUGUGGAGAUCAAAGGAAGCGUGUUUAAGAAGUUUGAAAAGAACAACCUUUUCCAGAUGUCAAACAGCGACAUAAAAGAGAGGUUCACCAACUAUAUCCUCCUGCUCAUCGUCUGUCUGAGAAACAUGGAGCAGUUCUCAUGGAACCCUGACCACUUGUGGGUGCUGUUUCCUGAUGUAGUCAUGGUGAUAGCCUCAGAGGUUGCCGUGGAUGUCGUCAAGCACGCUUUCAUCACCAAAUUCAAUGACAUCAGUGCUGACGUAUACGGGGAAUACCGCGCCAGCCUUGCCUUUGACCUCGUCAGCAGUCGACAGAAAAAUGCUUAUACAGACUACAGCGACUCAGUAUCCAGAAGAAUGGGCUUCAUCCCUCUUCCUUUAGCUCUGCUGUUGAUCAGAGUAGUGACCAGCUCAGUGAAGAUCCAGGGUUCGCUCUCAUUUAUGUGUGUGCUGCUGUUUUACUUGGGGAUGAUCACUCUAAAGGUGCUCAACAGUAUCGUUCUGCUGGGGACGUCUUGUGUGUUCGUCAAAGAGGCCAACAUGGAGGAAAAGCUCUUCGACCCUCCACCCUCCGCCGUUUCUAGCCGCGUAAACUCCAGAGCUCACCGGACCAAACAUGUUCACACUGCACCACAGCAAGAGCCCACAACUGACAAAGCAGGAAUAUCUCUGGCAUCAGUUAACCCUCCGCCCGCAAAUGUGGCAGAGAGCUCCGCCCCCACAAUCCCCAAGAGCGACUCGGACACCUUCCUGACUACGCCUGACGAGGAGGAGGAUGACAAAAUCAUCAACGCCGACACGGGACUGGAAGGGGACGGACUCAAACACAGAACACCCAAGAAAGACUUGCUGGAGAUAGACCGUUUCACCAUCUGUGGCAACCGAAUUGACUGAAUGCCUCAGGAACAAGCAGUGUGUCCUGGCAACACAGCAAGGUUCAGGGAUCAGAUGCGGGUCACGGAGCACGCUCAAAGCAGACUUAUUCUUGUUCACCUGACCCCAGGAGUAUUUAUUAAUUUAUUACUGACAAAACCAGCCAAGGCAUAAAGCUGUUACUAUAAGCAUCAGAGGCCACGUCAGACGCUCCAGCUGGUCCGGUCCUUGUCUUGUGAACCAGGUAGACUCUGAGAAGUAGCUGUGGUUGUCGUGGCAUGCCUGCAGACAUGCACAACAGGGGAAAAACUGGCACGCACAGCUGGAGCAGAGCACGAAGAGAGAAACAAAUCUUCAUCUGUGAAAUUGUACAAAAUGUACAAAAUGGGUCUCUGUGUGAUCAUAGGAUCAUUACAGCUGGACUGUGCGAGCUUGUGUGUGUGUGUGUGUUAAAAAGCACAAUCAUAUGUACAGCGAGGAGUUGUUUUUAGAGAGAACAAAACUUGUCAAUUUUUAAUUUUUUUUUUUUUUUUUUUCAAAAGUCUGAAAAAAUCUAAUAUUUGAAAUGAAAUUUUUAUGAAAAAUCUUUUUUCUAAAAUUGAAGGUGUUCAGCUGCAGGUCAAAGACUCACAAUCACAUUUAACACAUUGUCAAACUCCCAAAGUCGUUCUGCAGACACACACCGACACACACUUUUGAAUUGAGUUACCGCGAUGAGCCCAGAUGUCCAUAGCCAAAGUCUGCCAGGUUAAACAUGACAGCAAUAACACUACGUACACUCUUGCAUGAACGCAUUGUCUUCAGUCACAGCUUGGUCACAGAGUUGACUUUAACUUUUAGAUACAGAUAAAGUUUGGAGGUUUUAUUAUCAUGCCAGUUGUGUUGAUAUUGUUACUUUAAGGCACUGAAAUAAGACGGCGCCUGUUUAUAAAGGCUCUAGAAUUUAAUUUGAAGUGAACACCAAGUUUGGAAGCUAUUUCAUUUUAAAGUGAUUAUUUUUUUGUUUGUUUGUUUCAAAUAAGCUUCUUAUAAAUAUG